UUGUGAAAACCAAAACACCUCAAUCAGAAAUUUCAACAUUUUGGCAUUAAAUAUUGAGGAAUUCAUGUUUCGAGAGCCAUGCCAUUAUCUCCAGUUAUAAUUGUGUGGUUGUUGUUUUCCACUUUUGCUGCAUUUUCAAUCUUAAGGUUGUUAUAUAUAUAUAUAUAUAUAUACUCUUCACACCUAUACCUAGCUAACAUUCCUACACAACAUACAUAAACAAAAUUUUACUCCUAUAUGUCCACUGAGAAUUUAAUUUCCUUAAAAAGAUUUUGAGAAAUUAAUUUCUUGUCUGAUGAUUUGAGAAUAUCAUUGUUUCAAUUUUUUUUCCAAUUAAUUAAUUCUUCUGCUCAUCAUAAACCCAUUUGUAAAUUGCAGGAAAAAGGAAAUAAAUGGUCAAAACAUAACACGAUUAACAAACUAGAUAACUAUUCAUGUUGAAGUUUGUUUAGAAGUUUUAAAAAAAAUAGUUAAUUUUUUCUUAUGAUUCACUUGAUGUCAAGUGUAUCUAUCCAUUAAAUAUCAUUAGAUUUAAUGAUCAUGACUUUUAAAUUCCAAAUACCAAACACAUAAAAACUUGUUUUCAUCAAAUAUUUUUUGUCAAUCGAUUCUAUAUGAAUUAUUAUGUUCGGUCUAAGGCUAAUUACUAUCUACUUAUGAAUAAAUUGUAUCAUUCCUUUGAAAACUAAACCUGUAGAGAUAAAUUAUGGUUGGAUAGUUUUUAGUUAUUAAAAAGUUGUGUACUGAAUAGCAAUAAUGAUUGAGUGAUAAAUAUAUUAGAUAGAAGAAAAACAUGAUUACUUUUAUUAACAAAAAUUAGGGGAUAUAUAUAAUAUAUGCAUUUACACCAACCAGAGCACCCCACGUGACAUAAUGUUUGACCAUCCACAUCAUCUUUUGACCAACACUAAUUAGUAAUUACGACAAGUUGAUUGCGGUGCUGUAUGUUAUGUUUUAAUAAUUAAUUUAACUGCAUUAAAAAUUAAUAAUUAAUAAUUUGACUACAUACGAAAAUUUUACUACAAAAACAACAAGAACGCUGAAUUUGUGGUGUACCCAGAGAGACAGGGUCCUCAGAAAACAACGUCACAGGCUCCAAAUUUAUGCGUACGUGCCAUGAAAAAGAAGCAAAAUACUUGGUUCACAUUCACUCUGAAUAGACCAACCUAAAAAUUAUGCUCCAUGUACUUUUUACUCUAAUUUUGCUUACCAAUGAUAAUCAUAUACUUACAUGCAUGUGAUUGCAAAGUUUUUUGACCAGUCAAAUAAUCUUCAAAAAAGCUUCUUUCCAAAUCAUUAGAUUCCUUCUUCAUGCCCAUUUCAUAUCCUUCCUUUUUCAAAUUUCAUCUUCCUUUUCUUUUCUUUUUUUCUCAAAAUGAUUAACAAAAUCACAUAUUUUAACUGCACUGUGUAAACUGCAGUACUAAGAGCGGCCACAUCUAAUAAAGUAUUAAUACAAAAUGAAUAACAGAUCAAUUCCCUCACAUGACAAUAGCUUUCAACAUUUUCAAUUUGGCAUUUUUCAAAUUCAAAAAUAUUUUUUCACUAUUCUAACUACUGCCCUACCUACGUACGUAGUUGCAAUACCAUGUGCCUGUGAAUUCAGCCCUGUAAUCAAUAAAUAAAUAACUUUACGACAACAAUAAUAUAUAUGGUGUUCUUUAAACUAGUGGUUGUGACGGUCACAAUUCUGGUUUUUUUUUUUUCAACAGACAAAAAUAAGAAAAUAUAUCUCAUAAAGGGAGAAAAAAAAGAUGCUUUAGCACCGAAUCCGUGGACAUGAAACAGAGUAAAGUGGUGUGUUAUUUCGAUGAUCAUAAGAUUGACCACCGUAUCAGACACUUAUCUUUUCUCAUUUCCCACAUAUGAGGUCUUAGAAAAGUGUUGGAAAUUCUGAUAAGACAAAUUAGACUAAAACUUAACUUUUUGAAAAUUGAAAACUAGUUUCUGUAGUGACAAUUGAGAAACAAGAAUCACGUUCAUACGUAUAAGAUUUGGAUGAUGGACACUGGUCUCGUAAUGUACUCAUCAAGCCUUAUAAUUAAAACAGAGUUUUGGACUACCAAGGAGAUGCAGAGUACUGUCAUCCAUGUGCACAUUUUUCCGCUGAAGGAAAAGCAUCUUCAACUGCAAAUUAGGCACACUCUAAAAAUCAGCAAACUUAGAAGGCUCUACAGAAAUUAAAACUUAGGAUGCUCGCAACUGUUUCUUUGAACAAAUAAAAAACAGUGGAAAAUAUCAGAAAAAUCAUAGAGAAAAAAAAAAUACACUAGAAGAGUAUAACAGGCACAAGAAGCACAAUCCUCCACAUGAGAACCAGCUAACGUUUUGUCUACAGGAAACAAUUUUAAUAAGUGACUGCCCAUUUUGGAACCGUACAAGAUGUGUGUCUCCAAAGAGAAUCAUAGCAUAUCCGAGGCGAUUUCAUGGACAGGGUUUCAUGAAUUAGCCCCACCACAGUGAAAAAUGACAAAGGAUAAGGUUCAUAGUGUGGUAGCUACUGAACAUCACAGUCACAGUCACAUUCACUGUUCCUCUGCCUGUGAUGGACGAAAAGAGAAAGGCAUCAAAGAAGGACACAGCUUCCAGCAGCCAAGCCUCUUCUUCAUCAAGGUCAUUAUUCUCAAGGAGUGCCUCUACUUCAAACGCACCUCUCCUUAGAAGCUUCUCCCAGAAGAAUUCUUCGUCUUCUUCCAAAUGCAACAACAAUCUUCCUCGGAGCUUCUCACAGAAGAACCCUUCCAUCGGUCGGAAAUGCACCAAUAUAGCUAAAGAACAGAAAGCACGGUUUUACAUAAUGAGAAGGUGUGUGGCCAUGUUAGUUUGCUGGCACAAGCAUGGGGAUUCAUGAGGAACCACACUGCAAAAGUGCACAGAUCUUGUACUAGGUUUUUAUGGUUCCAACUUGCGCAAUUGUUUUGUUUUUGAUCCAUGUGAUCCUUUUUUGGCCAUCUUUGAAAUACUAUAGAUUCCAUUGUAAUUACAAGUUAACUGAGGUGAUUUACACAUUGCUGCAAAUAUGUACAUCAACUGGACUCCAGAUACAUGUUUCUCUUCCAAGUUUGAUUUUGUCAGUCUCUUACGUUGUCUAAAUCGAACUGCUAA